UCACAUUCUUGAUCUCACAUUUCCAUUUCCUUUUCCCCUGAAAUUCCAAGGUUUUGAUAAGCAAGAAUCCUUACCUCUGUUCUUCUCAGGGUACAAAAACGCAGUAGUUCUUGUUCCCCCUUCGCGUUUUCUCUGUGGCACAGGAAUGAUCAUGGGGAAGAAACUCCCUUGCUGGACUAGAGACACGAGGGAAACCAGCAUUGACUUUGAUGAACAAGAAAGAAUAAUGACGUACAGUGGCCUGGAGACGUGCAUUCACAACAGCAAUUCCUUCGAGAACGAAAGCGGGACGAGCAGAGGAGACGGUUGCAUCACUGAUUCCUUCGAUGACGAUGAUUCCACCUGUUCUUCCAGUACCAAUGCAUUUGGGUCAUUCUCAUCUAUCUGGAUGACAAUGAAGAAAGAGGACACGUCUCGAGACGAAUAUAACAGCUCAGCAACCUCAGCAGAAAAAGAAAAACAACUCGGCUGCACCAGCCACCCUCCGGAAGUUGAAGCAAUGAGGGAAAAAUUCGCCAACUUGUUGCUUGGAGAGGAUAUCACUGGAGGUGCUAAAGGGAUUUCCACUGCAUUAGCUUUGUCCAAUGCCAUAACAAAUUCAGCAGCUUCUGUUUUUGGAGAGCUGUGGAAGCUGGAGCCAUUGCCGGAGGAGAGAAAGAGACAGUGGCGAAGAGAAAUGGAUUGGCUGCUUUCGCCGACUGAACAUAUGGUUGAGUUAGUUCCUGCAAAACAAACCGGUACUAAAGGGCGUUCGAUGGAGAUAAUGGUUCCAAGAGUUCGUGCUGACGUCCAAAUGAAUCUUCCAGCGCUGCGGAAGUUGGAUUCCAUGCUAAUUGAAGCACUCGAUUCAAUGGUUGGCACCGAAUUCUGGUACUCGGAAGUGGGGAGCCGAGCAGAAGGGCGGAGCAGGAGCGCAGGAGAGAGCAAACGAUGGUGGCUUCCUUCUCCAUGUGUACCUAGAUCUGGCCUCUCAGACAUGGAGAGAAAACGGUUACUGCAUCACGGUAAAUUGAUAUAUCAAGUUUUCAAAGCUGUCAAAGCCAUCAAUGAAAGCGUCUUGGCCGAAAUGCCGAUUCCUACCACCAUCAAAGAUAUCCUUCCAAAGUCUGGUAAGGCAGCCCUCGGGGAGGAGCUCCACAGGAUGUUGAGCUCAGAAUCGAUGCCUGCAGAGGAAAUGAUCAACUGCCUAAACUUGAAAUCCGAACACAAUGUUCUCGAAACUAUCAAUAAAUUAGACUCAGCUAUAUCGGUGUGGAAAGAGAGCAUCACGGAACAAGGGAACGGAAAGUCACCUGUUCGGACGUCAUGGUCCUUCAUGAAAGAUCCAAUUUCUGAGAUGGAUAAAACCAGAGAGUUAGUGAACCAAGCGGAAGCACUGCUGCAGCAGCUUAGGAGUAAGUAUCCAAAUCUUCCUCCGACGUUCCUUGAGGCAACAAAAGUCCAAUACGGGAAGGACGUUGGACAAGCGAUAAUCGAAGCGUACUCCCGAGUUCUAGCUAAUUUGGCAUUCAGCAUUCUCUCACGAAUCGGAGACAUUCUGCAAGAGGACUUAAUGAGCAGUCCAAAUUCUUCUGCAGCAAUCUCGCAUCUCGUUGGAGCCAGAAUUCCUGGAAUAUCAGAUAGUCCAGUAAUUGAUCGAGUUCGUCACUCCCUCAUUUAUCAGAAAAAUUGUAUAAAUCAAAACUCCUUCACCAAUUCCAGCGAGACAGAGGCUUCUGAUGUUGAAUGCCAUGAUGAACAAACCAAGAUCGGUUUGGCAAGUGCGACGCCUAGCAGAAACCGAGUAUGGUGUAUCGGGAGAGAAGCUUCUCAGAGCAUAUCUUGUCCAAACUCUCCCUGAUAUACUCCAAA